AUGGGGAACAUAACCAAGAGGGGAAGCAGAGACCUCGUGGAGGACAGUGCUAUGCUGCUAGAGGACAGCUCAGUCACCACGCUACACUCUAGACUUUAUGAGGCCAUACUCAAGGAAGACUGUAACAUAAUCAAGAUACUCCUCAGAACCCACCCUGUCAACCAGCCCUUGACCAUCCUGGAUAACCCCACCAGCAGACUACUUCUGAGCCAGCAGACUCGGGCUAUCUUCCCCAUCCAUCUGGCCGCUGAAUACCGCAAGCCACAAAGUUUGCUUUGCUUGUUACAACACGGGGCUGACACUGAAGUAAGGGACGCUCAAGGCCUCACCACUCUUCAUCAGAUGCUGCUAAACUGGCCAAUCACUUCUACCACGUGGACCAAACCCAGUACUCAGAUCCAAAAGAUCCUGACAGACAUUCAGAAUAAUGCUGUCACGUGUCUGCGCAUUUUGUGUGAACAUGGAGCUCAAGUGAAUGCCCGGGUAGACAACAGCAACAAACAUUCACCCCUCCACCUGGCCAUAACAUAUGGCUCCUAUCCAGUUCUCUCCCUCUUGACCCAAAAUGGUGCCCAGGUCAAUGCUACUAAUGAAGCCAGCAUGACGCCCCUCCACAUGGCUGCAGAAAUACUGGACAAGAACAUGAUAGAGACACUCAUUGCCUGUGGGGCCAACGUGAACUGUGCCAUCACAUCAACUGGAAACACGGCUCUGAAGCUGGCAGUGUGCACCGCAUCAAGCAAAGCUGGCCAACUGCUAGCAGCAGGGGUGGGCUGCAUCCGUCUGCUGCUAAGUCAUGGAGCCCAGGUCAACGCCCAAGACCACGAAGGCCAAACAGCUCUGCACAAGGCAUGUUUUGGAGGCAGAGAGGUAAUAAUCAAUCUCUUGCUGGAAUUUGAAGCAAAUGUUAACAUUUUAACAAAAAAUGGGGAAUCUCCAAUUUAUAUGUACCUUCAGCGCAGUUCCAAUAUCAGAGAUGUAACGCUUCUGGCUAGGCUACUUUAUCGAACUUACCCUUUAAGACUGAGCAAUAAACAAGGGCUUCUACCUGCAGGAAUCAUGCUACCAGAAUUCCACCUCUUAAGGGAAACUCUAAUAAAGUUAGCAAAAAAACCUUUAUCCCUAGAGGCCAUCUGUAAGAGAAACAUCAGGAAUGUUUAUGGUGAGAAGUACAAAUUGCACCUGAAGAAACUUCUCCCUGGGAAGCUAUGGAACUCCAUAUAUACCUUCUAUGACUUCGACUACCUCUUGAAAUGAGA